CGAUGGGCCUUACUCCAAAGGAGGCAAGGACGCAGGAGGAGUCGAUGUGGCCCUGGCUUGCCGCAGACAGAGCAUUCCAGGUAAUGAACCCCCUGUCCUCCUUCUUUCUCUGUCCUGGAGGCACAGCGGCUCUGGGUGGGGGUCAGACAUCAUUGGCUCUGCUACUAACUUGCUCUGUGACCUUAGACCAACCACAUAACCUCUCUGAUCCUCCUCUGCAAAAAGGAGAUACAUCACCCAGCGUAAUGCAGCCAAGUGCCCUUACCAAGUAUUUGCCUCACUUGUCUUGGAGCUGUGGGCCCAAAAUUGCCCCAUGCUGCCCCCUCACCCCCCAUAUGUCAGCAGAGGAGUUCCGAGGGGUCACCGUGGUGGAGCUGAUCAAGAAAGAAGGCAGCACACUGGGCCUGACCAUCUCAGGUGGCACCGACAAGGAUGGGAAGCCCAGGGUCUCCAACCUGAGACCUGGGGGGCUCGCGGCCAGGAGUGACCUGCUGAAUGUGGGUGACUACAUCCGGUCAGUGAACGGGAUCCACCUGACCAGGCUCCGCCACGAUGAGAUCAUCACCCUGCUCAAGAAUGUGGGCGAGCGCGUGGUGCUGGAGGUGGAGUAUGAGCUGCCCCCGCCCGCCCCUGAGAACAGCCUGGGGAUCGUUUCAAAGACAGUGGACGUCUCCCUCUGCAAGGAGGGCAGCAGCUUUGGCUUUGUCCUCAGAGGAGGUGCCCAUGAAGAUAGCCACAAGUGUCGCCCACUCGUCCUCACCUGCGUGCGGCCCGGGGGCCCAGCGGACAGGGAAGGCUCUUUGAAGGUGGGUGACAGGCUGCUCAGCGUCGAUGGGAUCCCACUGCAUGGGGCCAGCCACGCUGCGGCCCUGGCCACUCUGCGGCAGUGCGGCCAGGAGGCCCUCUUCCAGGUGGAGUACGAUGUGGCCAUUCCAGAUACUGUGGCCAACGCUUCGGGGCCCUUGAUAGUGGAAAUAACCAAGACGCCGGGGUCUGCCCUGGGGAUCUCGCUCACCACCGGCUCCUACCGGAACAAGCCGGUCAUCACCAUCGACCGCAUCAAGCCAGCCAGUGUGGUGGACAGGAGCGGAGCGCUGCAUGCUGGAGACCACAUCCUGUCCAUCGACGGCACCAGCACGGAACACUGCUCGCUGCUCGAAGCCACCAAGCUCCUGGCCAGUGUGUCGGAAAAAGUGCAGCUGGAGAUCCUGCCUGCGCCCCACAGUCGACGGCCCCUGAAGCCCUCCGAGGCAGUGAAGGUGCAGAGAAGUGAGCAACCACAUCGUUGGGAGCCCUGCGUGCCCUCCUGCCACAGCCCCCGGCCCGGCCACUACAGGACACCCACCUGGGCUGCAGCUGCCGGCCAAGAUCAGAGCCGAUCCUUAUCCUCGACUCCAUUUUCCUCACCGAUCACGAACCACACGUUUUCCUGCACCAACCCCAGCACCCUUCCCCGUGGAUCCCAGCCCAUGAGCCCCCGGACCACAAUGGGGCGGAGGAGGCAGCGCAGAAGGGAACACAAGAGUUCAUUGUCUCUGGCCUCCAGCACGGUGGGCCCAGGUGGGCAGAUCGUGCACACGGAGAUCACGGAGGUUGUGCUCUGCGGCGACCCCCUCAGCGGCUUCGGCCUCCAGCUCCAGGGCGGCAUCUUCGCCACCGAGACCUUGUCCUCCCCGCCCCUGGUGCGUUUCAUCGAGCCCGACAGCCCUGCAGAGAGGUGUGGGCUGCUGCAGGUGGGGGACCGUGUCCUGUCCAUCAACGGCAUUGCCACCGAGGAUGGGACCCUGGAGGAAGCCAACCAGCUGCUGCGGGAUGCUGCGCUGGCCCGCAAGGUCGUGCUGGAGAUCGAGUUCGAUGUGGCAGAAUCUGUCAUCCCGAGUAGUGGCACCUUCCACGUGAAGCUGCCUAAGAGGCGCGGCGUGGAGCUGGGCAUCACCAUCAGCUCGGCCAGCAGGAAGCGAGGGGAGCCCCUGACCAUCUCUGACAUCAAGAAAGGCAGUGUGGCACACAGGACUGGCACCCUCGAGCCAGGUGACAAGCUGCUGGCCAUCGACAACAUCCGCCUGGACAACUGUGCCAUGGAGGACGCCGUGCAGAUCCUGCGGCAGUGUGAGGACCUGGUGAAGCUGAAGAUCCGGAAGGAUGAGGACAACUCUGAUGAGCAGGAGGCCACAGGUGCCAUCAGCUAUACGGUGGAGCUGAAGCGCUACGGGGGCCCCCUGGGCAUCACCAUCUCGGGCACAGAGGAGCCCUUUGACCCCAUUGUCAUCUCGGGCCUCACCAAGCGAGGUCUGGCUGAGAGGACUGGUGCCAUCCAUGUCGGGGACCGUAUCUUGGCUAUUAACAAUGUGAGCCUCAAGGGCCGGCCGCUGAGUGAGGCCAUCCACCUCCUGCAGGUGGCUGGCGAGACUGUCACGCUGAAGAUCAAGAAGCAACUAGACCGCCCGCUCCAGCCCCACAAGUCCAGCAGCUUCAGCGAGCCCAGCGACGUGGAUGAGGACCCGCCAGAGGCGCUCAAAGGAGGACUGCUGGCAGCCCGGUUCUCGCCCGCCGUGCCCAGCGUGGACAGCGCCGUGGAGUCCUGGGACAGCUCGGUCACGGAGAGCGGCUUUGGGGGCCCAGGUCCCCACACUCCACAGACGACAGCCCGGGGUGUGAACCCACAGGAGUGGCAGCCCAGCCGGCGGAGAAGCAGCCCCCCACCCACCGAGCCCCGGAGGACGAGCUAUACCCCAGCCCCUGCCGACAGGAGCUUCCCCGAGGAGGAGGAGGAUUGGGAGCCACCGUCUAGCCCGGCCCCCGGCCCUGCCCAGAAGGAGGGCUUCUGGCGAGUGUUUGGGGAAGCGCUCGAAGACCUGGAGUCCUGUGGUCAGUCAGAGCUGCUGAGGGAACUGGAGGCAUCCAUCAUGACAGGCACUGUGCAAAGCGUGGCCCUCGAGGGCAGGCCUGGCCGCCGGCCCUGGCGGAGGGGCCGGGAGGGACGAGCUUCCCCCGAGGAGAUGCGGGAGCUGCUGCUGCCGACACCCUUGGAGAUGCACAAGGUGACCCUGCACAAGGACCCUGUGAGGAAUGACUUUGGUUUUAGCGUCUCAGAUGGCCUCCUGGAGAAGGGUGUUUAUGUCCACACUGUGCGUCCUGACGGGCCCGCCCAGCGUGGGGGCCUCCAGCCCUUCGACAGGGUCCUCCAGGUCAACCAUGUGCGCACUCGGGACUUCGACUGCUGCCUGGCGGUGCCACUCCUGGCUGAGGCGGGUGACGUGCUGGAGCUGGUCGUCAGCCGCAACCCACUGGCACAGAGCAGCCGGACCCCACGGGCACCAGGCCCCAGCAGCCCACGGAUGCUCUGAGGUCGGCCUGGUCCAGACACCCAGAGGGCCACUCCAGAAGAUCCUGGCUCCCAGACCUGUAGCUGGCCUGGAGAUAUGGACACCCACUCAUCCAUCUGUCCAUCUAGCCGGCCCUGAGUCGUGGACGGGACCUUGUCUCUGUUCUCUGGUUCUGUGAGCUGGGGUGCCAGGCAGUGAGGCCCCUGCCCCAGUUGGAGGGGCGUGGAGGUCUUUUUCCACUAUGGGUCUCCAAGAUGGCUGAAGGUGCCGGGGCCCAAUAGAGACAGGCUGCUCAGCUUGAAGAAGAGGGGUCUGGAGGUGGCUGCAGGUCGCUACAGGGCUUCCUCAGAGGAGUACCUGGGGUGGGGAAAGCCGAGCUAAGUGUAGGACGCACUUGCUUGCAGCAGAGCUGUGGAGCUGGAAUGAACUGCCAGAGGAGUGAGCUUCCUAUCACAGGAGGUGAGCGAGCGGAAGCUGGAUACCCCAGUGGGGUGGUACACUGAGGUGUGAGGCGUCCUGGUGAUGCAUCCACGGGUGUUUAGAGGGUUAGUUUCCUGAUGGGGGGCAUUCAGGAAAAGGCCUGGGGCAGGGACACUUCAGCUGGAGAGCUGAUCACCAGGAAGGAUGCUGCUUGGGAUAGGAGCCCGCCUCCUUCUCCAGAAUUCUGGUGUUUGGGGCUUGCUGGUUCCGAGAUUCUCUGGCUCUGAUGUCCCCACUUAGAAGGUUCUGAGCCUCUGGAAUCCGGGAAGUGCCAGCCCUUUGAUGUGAAAGUCACUGAUUGUUUCAUUCGUGGCGUCUCUGGUCUGAAGCUUCUGCAGUAUGAGGCUGUGGUCCUGGACCCACCGGGCAGCCGUGUCAGGCUUUGGGCUCUCAGCCCCUCCUGCUUCUUUUCAAGGCUGUGUGGCCGCUGACCCAUCUGCAUACACCUCUCUGAGCCCAGGCCCCUCCAGGAGGAGGGAGUCAUUUGGGGACAACACUGGGGCUCCAUUCACCUGCCAUUCAGUGCAGAUGGGAAGCCAUGGAAAUAAGACGUCCUGCCUGGGGGAGCAGGAGAAUGAAGGAGGAACACAGAGAUGGAGAGACAGAUAGACGGACAGGGGAGAGACUGGCUGGAGAGAUGGGCCAUUUUCUCUCCCACCCAAUGGCGACAGUGUCCACUGUGGUCAUUCAAGGAAGUUUCUUCCCACUUGCAAUCUGGAAGCACCAGCAUCUCUUAAAAUCGUUUUCCUCAUUUUUCACAGAUCAGAAAUGCUUUUGAUUCUAAGAAGGGUGUGCCCCAAACCACCCUUGGGUAGCCCAGGGUGUGGCCCUUGGGAUGGAGGUGGGCAGGCAGGGUGCAGCCAGGCCUGGGGCUUGGCUUUGCCCCACCCAGCUCUUAAUGGGGGUCUCAGGAAAACAGAGCACCCACUCCUACCUGCACCCACCUCCACCUCUGUCCCCUGAAAAUGUUCUUCCACUCUAAGGGACCAGAUGGGGAGCCAAGAGGCCUGUUACUUUCCCCCUGAGCCUCUGCUCAGGUGCUGGGUGACCCCCUCUUAGUCUGGUGCAAUCAAGGGGUGGACAGUGUCUAAGCAGGUAGGAGCCUCCCUAUCCACUGUGGCCCCCUUGGCAUCCUGCCCACAUUCUCCCUAAGGACCUGCCUCCCCUCUCCUCACCCCUCCCCUUCCCUGUCCCCUGCCCUGUGCACCUGAAGAGCCCUUCAUGCCCUGAAUGGACUGCUUAGUGCCUCUACUAUCUGGAUCCUGUGCGAGCAUCCAUGCCCCGGUGAAAGGGCCCCGCCCACCCACUAUAGGGGCAUCGAGGCAACGCCAAGAACCCUCAGCUUGGGGUGGGGAAUAGGGUACAAUGGCGACAUGGCCACUCGCAGCCUCAACCGUGUGACCUUAGGAAAGUGGCCCAGCCACUCUGGGCAUCUGUCAUUUGACAGAGCUGGACAGAGCAGGCUCCCAGGGCCUCUGGGGUUGGGAAGGCUGCGCUGACUGCGGGCGAGGGACGAUGCAUCCCAACCCUGACCAAUGCUCCCUUCCCUCCUUGGGCUGAGGCCUCUGCUACCCCUCCUCCCACCCACGGAUGCAACGAGGCCGGGAGGCCUGGCGGGCGGACCUCCUCACUGUGGCCGGCCUUCUCAUAUGCAAUAUUUCUUUUGGCUUCUCAUGGGAUCGUUCGUCCCAGACCUGAUGUUUCCCGACACCUGUCCCUGGUGAGCGAGCGUCCUGCCUGCCUAUGCAUUUUGAGUACAGCCCUUGCAACGUGCCCCUCCCACCCCCAAAAGCUGUAUUUUUCUCUGGCUGAGAUGAGAGCAUAUUCCUUGUAAAGUAUUUUUCUACAUGGGGUUUCUUAGGGCUCUCGGGAAGCACCGCAAGCCAAGGCUCAGCCUGCAGAGGCCAGUGGGGGCCGGCUGGGGCCCCGUGCAAACCUGUCUGUCCCUCGGGGGGCUGCAGUGACUUGGAGGUUGGGGGUGGGAUGCUGUUGGGUUGAUAC